CAUACCGUCGUCUCUGCCCUAAGACUCCCGAAACCCGCCGCCCCUCCUGCUGCCCCGCUGCGCGGUCACACUUCUUUCUCACCCAGCUCUUCUCUACUUUCCCCUACCGGUUGCUCUGCCGCGUAGCCUGGCCGGUCCCGCGUCCUGCUACUCUUUGCCGCCGAGCCUCGCCAUAUUUUCUCUUUCUUCACCUUGAUUCUACCUCGGCUUCUCGACAGUGCGUGACACCAGCGCCAUCGGUUGCACCACCGCCCUCGGGCCGCAGCCACCAGCGGCACCGCCUCUGUUAGAACGUUAGAGGUCACGAGAAGAGAGUUUUUGCAGUUAAAAUGAGCUUAAUUUCCCAAAACGCUGUUCUUAAACAACAAAGGGACAAGAAACUUGAUAGAGAAAUAGCUGAUGUGUCUCCGAUUGCACAUGCUGAUGAAGAAGUAGAGCCAGUUGAUGAACUCAAGUUGAAAAAAUCGAAGAAGAGGAGGAGUAAUUCUGAUGAUUCGUCAAAGCAAAAAGCACGCAAAACUGAACAGGAGGAGAUGAAGAGGCUUGAGGGCUUCUUGUUUGGCAACCUUUACACUCCCAUUGAAUUCAACAAGGACACUUACGGAGAUGACGAUGGCCAGGAGCAGGUGGCCAAGGAUGCCCCUUUGUUCUUCAUGGAUAGGUCUACGAGCAAUGAGAUGGUUGUGUUUGAAAACGACUUCUGCGCUAUGGGCAAAGAAGACCUCAGUGAAGAGCGGAAGCCCGUCUGGGUUGACGAGGAGGAAGAAAGGACAGAGGUUGACGUAGUCCGUGUUAAUAGGUUGAGGAAGCUGAGGAAGGAGGCUGACGAGCAUGUGAUCUCAGGUGCAGACUAUGUUGCUCGAUUGCGUGCUCAGCAUGCUAAGUUAAACCCAGGAACAGAAUGGGCAAAUGUUGAUCGGAAGUAUGCUCGCCGUGGCAUUUCUGAGGAUGAGUCUGAUGAUGAAAGUGAUCUCACCAUUGCUCGUGGCUUUGAUGGUGCUGAGGGUGAUGAUAUUCUUCGGGGCAAUGAUGAGCUUGUCAUAAAGGGUGGUACCAAACUUUUGCCUGGAUUGUUGGAGUACUCAAGGCUGGUGGAUGCUAAUGCUGAAGAACCUUCUAAUGGUCCAAUUAACUCGGUCCAGUUUCACAGAAAUGGUCAGUUGCUGCUGACUGCUGGAUUCGAUAGGCGAUUGAGAUUUUUCCAAGUUGAUGGAAAGCGUAAUCCCAAGAUUCAGAGCAUAUUCAUGGAAGACUGCCCGGUACAUAAGGCAUCCUUUUUGCCUGAUGGUACAGAGGUUAUAAUUGCUGGCCGGAGGAAGUUCUUUUAUAGUUUUGAUUUAGUCAAAGCAUCUGUG